AUGGUUUCUUGGGGGACUAAUAAGGGGCAAAAUUUGUCCUUGCAGAAAAAUGUCCUGGAAUUCCUGGUGCCCCUGAAACCAGUGGCCAUUCGAAAAGUGAGAAAUGCGCACGGGAACAAGACAGGGUAUGUCUUCGUGGAUUUCAGCAGCGAAGAGGAGGUGAAGAGAGCCCUGAAGUGCAACCAGGAGUACAUGGGUAAGGAGGCGCAGCGCUGCAUCCCAGGCUCCCUGGCUCCCGCGUGGGCCCUGGCUUAGGUGCAUGUGCUGAGC